AUGUGCUUACGCGUGUUAUUGUACUCACUGUGGGCGACCUCGAUGCUCUAUGCGCCAGGCUCAGCGUCCCCUUCAAAUUUCCUCUCGAGGAUAUACUUCGCCGAAGGGACCACCAGCCCGAGGUUAUCUCCGUACAUCGACCUGACCGCCCUCGACGCCGGCCCAGCAAACGACCUCCUCGGCCGAGUGAAAGCGAGCCUCCGAACGGCCGGGAACGGCGCCGAUCGACGCGACAACUCGAGGUCUUUUCCGGCCAGCCGCGGGAGCAAUGCCUUCGCCACGUCAGGAGCGAAGAAGUCCCACAUGGGCGUCUCGGAGAUGCUGCAGAGGGCCAUAGACGACAUCGUGGAGAAGAAGGACCACACUUUCGCCUCCGUGUUGUCGCACCAUCUGAGGUACCUGGAGGAGAACCUCGUCAGCGGAGAAAGGGCCGGGGACCUGGUGGACGUGGAGGCGCUCUUGCGGUUGGGCGAGGCGGGGAAUUCAUCGUCGGUCGUCCAGCUUCCUCUGGACUACCACGACGACGACGACGACAUCGACUACGAGGCUCUAGGAUGCGGCGUGAAGAACGUGGCAGCCAGGAUUCUCGGAGGCUACGUGGCAGGCGUAGGGGAGUGGCCGUGGCAGGCAGCGCUCGUUCACGCCCCGUCAGGAAGGACCUUCUGUGGCGCCUCCCUCCUCAACACCCGCUUCCUCCUCACCGCCGCCCACUGCGCUGCCGUACUCCCCGUCAGGAAGGUGAGGGUCUGGCUGGGCGCCCACGACGUCUCCCUGCCGGAGGAGGAGGGGCGCGUGGUGCGAGGAGUGACCCACGCCAUCCUCCACGAGGGCUUCGACUCCCGGGACCUCAGCAACGACGUGGCGCUCCUGAGGCUGGACGAGGCGGUGGUCAUGUCCCGCGCCGUGAGACCUGUCUGCCUGCCCGACGUCCAGGACUGGGACGAGGACAUCGCCCAGGGCAAGAGCGACGAUGCAGGCGUGGUCACCGGCUGGGGUCUCACUGCAGAGCGGGGGCAGCCCUCUCCUCACCUUCUGCAGGUCAGCCUUCCAUUCCUUAGCGUGGAGUCAUGCAAGCAACACUACGCAGGUAUUAACCCAGUAUCAGCCAACAUGCUAUGCACUCUGCAUGAUUUUAAGGACGGUGUUAGUCGCGAUUCGUGUAAGGGAGACUCCGGCGGCCCACUGGUGACGGAGGGGGAGAGCGGCCGCUGGACCCAAGUCGGGGUCGUGAGUUUCGGCUACGGAUGCGGACGUCGGGGUUACCCAGGGGUGUACACCCGGGUGACGCAAUACCUCCUGUGGAUCUACCUCAAGAUAGUGCAGAUGGAAAUAUCUCUGCUGUGA